CGGGGGGGUCACAAAGUCGUCACAAACCGUCCCGUUUAAAAGCGUUUAUAAAUGUGCUAAAGUCAUUUGUUUCCGUUAGCAGAAGGAUAGCUAAUAUCACGAAGGCCAGUGUUUAUGUGUGGGAGGUUUCUGGCUUCACGUCAGCCUAACAGCUAGCGGGCAGCUAGCUAGCGUCUCGUAUUUCAAAGCGGAACUCAAGUUGACUUUGAGUGUUUGUUUCCACACGAACAAAUAUUCUCGUUUAUCUAUACAUAGCGGAGAUGGCAGCCCUCCGAACGGCACUCCAUGGACGACUUGUCCAGGCCCUCCCCUUCUCCUUUGGCUCUCUGCGGUUUGCUAGCUCCUUUAAGGCAGCAGAUCUCGUCAUUGAACGCAACACAGCAUGCAAACCGAAGCCCGACCCUUCCACUUUGGUGUUCGGCAAACAGUUCUCCGACCACAUGUUGACCAUCAACUGGUCGGAGAAGGGCGGCUGGGAGGCUCCAAAGAUCAAACCUUUCCAGAACCUGUCACUCCACCCGGCCAGCUCCGCCCUGCACUACUCCGUAGAGCUGUUUGAAGGCAUGAAGGCGUUCCGUGGCAUGGACAACCAUGUCCGUCUGUUCCGACCAAUGCUGAACAUGGAGAGGAUGCAUCGCAGCGCUGACAGAAGCUGCCUUCCUCUGUUUGAUAAAGAUGAACUGCUGGAGUGCAUCAGGAAGCUGGUGGAGGUGGACCAGGAGUGGGUUCCCUCCGCCCAGGACACCAGCCUCUACAUCAGACCCACCUUCAUAGGAAUAGAGCCGUCCCUCGGUGUGUCUCGGGCAGGACACGCUAUGAUCUUUGUCAUCAUCGGCCCAGUGGGACCCUACUUCGCAACAGGGUCCUUCAACCCUGUUUCUCUGCUGGCGGACCCUUCAUUUGUCAGGGCUUGGAAAGGAGGCGUCGGAGCCUACAAGAUGGGAGGUAACUACGGCCCUACGAUAGCAGUGCAGAACGAGGCGGUGAAGCGGGGGUGCCAGCAGGUCCUGUGGCUGUAUGGGGAGCAGGAGGAGAUCACCGAGGUCGGCACCAUGAACCUCUUCAUCUACUGGACCAAUGACAAAGGAGAGAGAGAGUUGUUUACCCCUCCUCUGGAUGGCAUGAUUCUCCCAGGAGUCACCAGACAAUCUCUGCUGGACCUGGCCAGAUCCUGGGGUGAGUUUGAGGUGACCGAGCGCACGAUGGGCAUGAAGGAGCUGCUGGGGGCUCUGGAUGCCGGGAGGGUCCUGGAGGUGUUUGGAGCAGGGACAGCCUGCGUCGUGUGUCCUGUCGGCAGCCUUCUCUACAGAGGAAAGAAGUACCAGAUCCCGACCAUGCAGAACGGUCCGGACCUGGCAAAGAGGUUCUACAAAGAGCUUACUGAUAUUCAGUACGGACGCAAACCGAGCGAGUGGGCGCCGCUGGUCGUUUAAGCGGCCGCGUUGCACAUGCCAGUUGUAUCAACACUUAGUCCAUUGAUUCCAGUUUGGAAGACCAGCAGCUCCCCCCCACCUCCCCCCCAAGCCUCACACACUCUCGACCCAUUAACGCACUCCUGCUCACUUACAAACCGGGGAGACGGACGCCUCUUUCUAACAACAAUAUGCAAUGUUUUGGACUGGACACAACUCUGACCCUUGGUAAAAACCGCAGAGAUGUGAUGUGGCUGCUGGUGAUAUACUGUAUGUUAGACUAACACAAGCACAUUUAAAUCUCAAAUCUAAUUCAAUCUCCAUUAAGAAACCACGUCAUUCAAGUGUUUGUCCGUGUGCUCACUUGGAUUAGUUCCUGGUGAGGAGGGCAUUGCUUAUAGUUAGCACAAUUUCAUUUCCAUCACAUUAACAAAUAAAAGGCACAAACUGACAUAUUUUCGUCAUAGAAUGUGAUAUUUGCAAUAUUAAAGCAGCUACAUAUUCAGUGUGUAGGACAGUUAACCUCUUGGCAGCACGUAAUCUGUGUGUGCCGUUUCGCAUCAACGAUUGUAUUAAAAUGUAUUUCACAACAGGAACAACGUAUAUAUUAACAAUAACCUGUACUACUUCCAACAACCUGUGGCGUUUUCUCCCAACCCUUUGAACUGUUAGGUGUGACCUGUUAAGGAUAAGGUUUUGUUACUGUUGUGUACAUAACUAUCUGAGAGAGUAUUCGCUGUUAGAUGUCCAUGGGGCCACGUCACUUUGACACCAGAGUUUGCACUGACUUUUGUUUAAUGUCAGGUAAUGUCAGGUUUGUAUCUUUGAGUGUGACUCAAUCAUGAGCGGGUUUUAAUUUGUCGAUUUAGUUUGCGGAGAAGACGACUCGCACAAAAAACUAAAGCUUGAGAUUAAGACGGUCUGAUGCUAGGACGACACGCUGUAGAAGAGAAGGACUGCUACAUGCUGCACUAGUUACUCCUGCACUAGUUUGGGUGGAAUCCUUGUAACAAACAAUGUAAUGUAGUAGUGUUGUUAUUUUGGAGGUUUUUAAAUUAUAUUUGUCCUUGUUUUGAUGUGAAAUUAGGCUGUCUUCCAAAAGUACUUGACUCGUCAGUGUUUUACUGCAUACUGUACCCCUGUCCGUCUCUUCUGUCUAAGUGCCUGACCUCUGUCUGUUCGCUUGUCCUGUGGAUCUUCAGCUGCUUGCUCUAUUUUCCAGUUUGUUCACUAGGCGAUGUAGCUGGGUUCUUUUGUCGAUUUAGUUCUUUUUAUAUGUGAUGCUGUUACUUUUACUCGGCUGUAAUGUUUUUACAAUAAACCUGAUCUGAGUUCAGUC